UCGCUUCCCGUGCGCGCAAAAUGCAAGUGUAAUAUGUCGACGUAACCGCGAAGGAUGUUUCCGGGUUUUCUGAAAAUUUUCUCCGUCCCGUGAACCUCCCGGGAGAUCUCCCGAGCAACGAAAGGUGGACCGAUUUUGCCUCGCCCGCUCGGUAAUUCCGAGAAAUGAGAGCCCCGUGGCUCGUCCUGAUCCUCGCCGAGAUCCCGGACUCGUUGUCGCUCCUGCGGGAGGCGGUGUGUCACCGUAAUGACGCCGACUUAAGUGCCGCUGGUCAAAGAUCAGGGGAGACUUUACCUAGACGUAGACGGGAGCUCGCUUUUCCGAAGGGGAGCGCCUUCGUGGUAACCUUGAGCUUGCUAAAGGCUAUUCAGAUUAUGGAGCCUAGCAACUGGAAUCUCGAUCUGGAAUUCGAUAUGAUAUGGCCUAUACCUAGUCGGGAAGAUUUGAGGAAAACUGCGAUCAAAAGACCAUCUAAAUUAAAACGACGACAUAGACGCGAACUUUAUGCCAAUCUUGAAUUGGCAUUAAACAGUCAAAACUUGCCUGGACGAUUAUGUAUUCUUCGUGCGAUUUGUGAGGCGGAAACACUGUUAAGUCCCCCGGGAUUUUCAAUUAUCGAAGAUGCCAUACGAAUUAUUUUAAGAAAUUUCGAGGAUACUAAUAAUCAUGACUGUUAUGAUAUUGCAUAUCGAACAAAAAAUGAUUGUGAGAUUGUCUAUCCCUGUCCAUUUUCACUACUGAAAUUAUUGUUAUAUAAUUUAUAUACAGAAAAUAAAUAAUUGUGCCGGUUUAAAAGUUAGACUAGUAAUAAAAUUAAAGUCUAGGCAAUCUAACUCUAAGCACUUUAUAAUGUAAUUUAUUAAAAAAUUUUAUAUUUAAUUGGCGUGUUUUCUAGGCGGAAAAAUCUGUGAUAUUUUCAAUAUUAUUUUAUCGAAUAAAUCAUACAUCUAAAAUCUGCAUAUCUUAAAAGAUGUUAUAAUAUAUAAAAAUAUAAAAAAAAAACAAAAUUACAAAUAACAAGCAAUUUAAUUCAAGCAUUUUUUAAACUUUAAUUUGAUACCUACCGAAAUUAU